AUGUCCGGCACUGAGGCGGCAUUUCCUCCCGCGGCACCACUACCGCCCGGCCUUGGCGGUGCAAAGCCACCACCACCCGUUCCACCCGUUGCUAGCGUUGCAAAAACGAAGCCACCACCACCAUUGCCAGGCUGGAUCAAGCAAGCUUUACAGCAUGGCGAGUCAUCUACGCUUGACCUGUUUGUAGGCAUGCCGGGGCCGCCGGCCCUGCCGAACCUGGCGCCAUUGUCCCCACUACCAUCCUUGACAGCUUCAGGCGAGCAUCGGCUGCUUGGUUGUAGGCUGCCAAAGGGCGACAGCACUUCUGAGGAACCUCGAUGCCUAGCGCCCUUCCUGCUCCAGGCAGGGCAUGCCCAUAGUGGAAAGGGAUGGAACAGGAUGCAGCGUGUGAUGCACACCGCAAUCAGGAGCUGCCACUGCUCCAACGCUCCUGGCAAGAGAUGCGAGGCGCAGACCAUGUGGACAGUCAAGCCUUUGACGAGGCGGCAUCGCUGCUCGGCAAGGAGGCCGCAGGGCUCUUCGGCCCCGAGAAAAAGGAGGAACCGGCAUCAGCCAAAGAAGCGAAACCGCUGGAAGCAGAGCUGGCAGAGGCCAAAUCUCCAGAGGAGGUCGCUCCAUCUCCUGCUCAGCCGUCCCAGCCAGCGCCAGAGAGUGUUCCUGUUGCGCUAUCGCCUGAAGAGGCACGAGCUGCAGAGCAGGCAAGGAGAAUCUGUGGACUCUUGCCGCAGCGGCAGAGACAGCUUACCAGAACUUCUGGGUCCAGCCACUCUGCAGCAAGUGGGAUUGCAGCAGCGCUUCAAGCCUUUGCGUCAACGGAUUACUGGGAAGGCGACUGGAGAUGUGCCCAAUGCGGAGACCAUCAGUUUGCCCGAAACCGGGCAGGCUACCGUGAAAGGACAUGAAACAGCGACCCUGGUGGAUGCUCAGGUCUCGGCAGUGUGUUUGGCCGGCCUCAACUACUGGCUGGCCUCAGGUUGCCUCAACGUAUGGGUCAUGCCGCAUCAGCUGAAGCGCCCGGACCCCAAGUGUCAGCGUUCCCGUGUCCUGGCUGCAGCAUACGAUUGCCGAGGUGCCAUGGACACCCGCAGAGCAAUGGAAGCGCUCGUUUGCUGGGCAAGAACCAGGCUCACAUCUCCAAAUCUAGAGGUGGACAGCUCUCUGUGGUGCUCGGGCCUCACUUUGGAGUUCCGAUUUGCAGGUGGCUUGGUCGGCCUAGUGAACAUGGGCAACACCUGCUUCAUGAAUGCCGGGCUUCAGUGCCUGAGCCACAUUGAACCCAUCAGCGCGUACUUUUUGACGGGCAAAUAUGCUGAGGAGCUCAAUCCCAGCAAUCCAUUUGGGACUGGCGGGCAUUUGGCCAAAGGAUUCGCCAAGUUGCAGGAGAUGCUGUGGCAGCGGCGUAGCCGAACUCACUCGCCCUCGCAACUCUAUGGUACAUUGUCAAAGUUUGCAAGGCACCUGUUUCGGGAUUCGGACCAGCAAGAUGCACAGGAGCUGCUUGCGUACCUGCUGGACGGGUUGCAUGAAGAUUUGAACCUCGUGAAGGUAGAGCGCAAGGAGAGUCAUCGAAAGAAAGAAUCGGAACCCAAAGUGGAUUCAGAUGAAGAGGAUGAGCGGAUGGCUCAGCUUGAGCGGGAGAAGGGCGAAGAAUACGUCGCUGCCCUGACUUGGAUGAAGCAUUUGAUGCGGCAUAAGUCUGUUCUUGUGGACCUCUUCCAGGGUCAGCUCCGCUCGCGUCUCACCUGCAUCACUUGCGGCCACCAGUCGAAAACCUUCGAUCCGUAUUUGUACAUUGCCCUGCCCGUGCACUACGGCAUGAACAAUCUGCAGGAUGCUUUGAUGCACUUCUUAAAGGAAGAGCAUCUAACUGGUGACGAGAGAUGGAGGUGUCCAAAAUGCAAGAAAAGAGUGGAUUCAAUCAAGAAGAUAGACUUGUGGAAGCUUCCACCAGUUCUUCUAGUCCACUUAAAAAGAUUCGAAUUCGACACGUCGACGUGUCGCUUUCGCAAGAUCAACGUCAGGCUCAGGACACCCUUGAGCAUCGACUUGUCAAGCUUCGUGAGCUCCCCGCAAAAGGGGUCAAUGGUUUACGACGUUAUUGCAGUGGCCAACCACAUAGGGAAUGCAGGCCGUGGACAUUACACAGCCAUCUGCAGGCAUCACCUACACAAUCGUUUCUACCACUUCAAUGACACAGACGUGCAUGAGGUGCGGGCAGAUGAUAACGAGGUCAUCACGCGGGAGGCCUACUUGCUGUUUCUGAUGAGACGUGAUAUGUCGGAUUGGGAAGCCCAGUCCGUAUCACGCCCAGAGGCAUGGCCACACUAUGUCUCCCGACAGAACUCUGCAAUGCUGCCUGCAAUUUGGGAAGCCGUUGGCCGAAAGCCACAGCAGCCUGCUCCGAAUGCUCCCGCCGCUGCCUUGGCUGCAAGCUGA